AUGUCCCCCCGCCAACCCCUCAAACUCCUCCUCCUCCACGGCUACACCCAAUCCGGCCCCCUCUUCCACAUCAAAUCCCGCGCCCUCAUCAAACACAUCACAAAGGCCUUCCCCCUCCACGAAGUCUCCGCCAUCUACCCAACCGGCCCCUUCCAGCUCAGCCCCUCCGACAUCCCCGGCUUCGACCCCUCCCAGCCCCCCGACCCAGACGACGUCCCCUCCAUCUUCGCCUGGUACCGCCGCGCAGACGCCGCCGACCCCCCGCUUUACGUUGGCCUCGAGGCGGGGCUGGAAGCCGUUGCGAAGACGAUCCGGGAGGAGGGCCCGUUUGAUGGCGUGGUCGGGUUCUCGCAGGGCGCGGCCAUGGCCGGGAUGGUUGCCGCGCUUCUAGAUGGGGAUGAUUCGGCGAGACGGGAUGCGUUUGGGAAGUUUGCGACGUCGCCUGCGGCGAUGGAGUAUCCGCGCGCGUUCGCGGAUGAGAGCUUGAGGAAGAUCCAGCCGCCGCUGAAGUUCGCCGUCUGUUAUAGUGGGUUUAGGGCCCCCGGGCCGAGGUAUAGGGGGUUUUAUGAGGAUCCGCCGAUUCGGACGCCAGUGCUGCAUGUGCUGGGAUCGCUGGAUACGGUUGUUGAUGAGGGACGGAGUCGUUCGCUGAUUGAGGCUUGUGUGGGGGAUCCGGAGAAGGAGGGGAAUGUGGUUUGGCAUCCGGGGGGACACUUUGUGCCGGCGCAGAGGCCGUAUCUUGAUGCUGUGGUUGUGUUUGUCAGGAAGUGUUUGGGGGGUGGGGUUGUGGGGGGGAAGGGGGAGGAGGAUGUGAAUGAUAUGGAUGUGCCGUUUUAG